UCAAUAUUUGAAGAGGAGAAGCAAUGGCGCUUAACCAAGUAUUCUUCUUCCUGUUGUUCGCCUUAGCCACAUCCCACGUCGCCACUGCCAGCGACCCCGACAUAACCUCCGACUUCAUCCUGCCACCAAACGUCACUGCCGUCGACAGCAGCUUCUUCACCUACACCGGCCUGCGCUCCACGGUCAACUCCGCGCCUGGAGCAAGCUUCAGCGUUUCCAAGGCCGCGGCGGCUGAGUUCCCGGCCCUGCUCGGGCAGAGCGUGUCCGUGGCCGUGCUCAAGUACCCGGCCGGCUCCGUCAACCCGCCCCACACCCACCCGCGCUCCGCCGAGCUGCUCUUCCUGGUGCAGGGCUACCUUGAGGUGGGCUUCGUCGACACCAGCAACAAGCUGUACACCCAGUCGCUGCAGCCCGGCGACGUGUUCGUGUUCCCCAAGGGGCUAAUCCACUACCAGUACUGCAACUCGGGGAGCGCCGCCGCCGUCGCCGUCUCCGCCUUCGGAAGCGCCAACGCCGGCACGGUGUCGGUUCCCAAGAGCGUGUUCGCCACCGGAGUCGACGACGUGUUGCUCGCAAAGUCGUUCAAGACCGACGUCGCCACCAUCCAGAAACUCAAGGCUGGCCUCGCAAACUAGCCUUCGAUUCCAGCUUUGAAUUAUACGUUUCAGGCUCCCAUUUAUUCUUUAAG